ACAAAUCUUAUUUUUUUUUGACAAUCCAAUGUACAUAGUGGUAACUUCUUUUUAAUGUUUAGGAAGACAUGAAUUUGAAUCUGAUUUUGAGAUGCGUUCGCGGAUCGGCGAGACCCGGCUUUAGAAUCAACGGUGCCGCGAGUCUUAGCACUUUUUGUAGAUGCCCUUCUUUGUAUCAAAAUGGAACCGCUCUAACCUCAAAACGUUCGGUUCAAAUAGGUGCAGUUAGGCUAUGCAGUGGUGAAAGCAAUGAUAAUAAGAAUGAUGUGUCUACCAAGGCGAAGCUGCCGCCCUUGAUGAACUUCCCUGAGGUGGUGUGGCCUUCUCUCAUCAAGUCCCUGCGGAACUUCAUUCUGGCCCAUUUCAUCAUUAAGCCGUACUUUGAUAAAGACUUCAACUUGCCUGACUUUGUUUCUGGUGCCAAACAAGCUGUGGAAGUGGUUUCUAAUCAACUGUCUAAUGGAGAUGUAAAAACAUUGAAUGGUUUAGUCGAUGGUGACAUUAUACCUAAACUGCAAGCAUCACUCUCAUUGAUGUCUCUGACCCAACGUGAACAAAUAGCUAUUAAUAAAGAAGACAUAUACUUCUCUUUCCCUUAUCAGGUGGGUGUAAUUUUUAACGAGGAAGAAGGUAAACCCCAGAAGCGCUACGUAGAAGUAACAAUGGUGUAUCACACUUUGCGCGGCCUGGCCCAGAUGCGUGAGAGAGGUGAAGAACCACCGAUCAACAUGGGAAUGAUUCCUGAAUACCAGCAGAAGAUUUCGAUAUGUAAUUAUAGAUUUGUUAGAGAAUAUACCAAAGGAGUGGACAGUGAUUGGACGGUGAACUUGUUGAACCACUUCAGGCCGGUCGAGCAGUUGAACUGAUAUUUGUAUAUUUUUAUGCCGAUGAAAAUAGAAAUAAGAUUUAAUGAUUUACUUGUAUUUUUUUCCUUCUCUUAAUGU